AUGAAUCGAUCGACCGUGACUACCUUUACCCAAAGGAGGUACGGCACCUUUAACCUGCUAUGCAAGCAGCAACCGAAAUAAUCACCACGAGAGUCCAUUGGACACUGAUUGGAGACAAUAAAGAAAUGUUUCGCUGGUCUAAAAACUUUAUUAGAUCCUUUCAGUGCUUCCAUUCAUCAGUAUGUGGGAGAAGUGAAAUUAAACCAUUCAAAAUAACCCGAAUUUAUGCCAAUGAAGACGGAAGUACAAAGUUUGGAACAUUCACUGUAUCUAUGAAAGGAUCAGGUGAUAUAGGCUAUCUCUCAAAGUUGGUGAAUGCUACUGGUGUCAUGUUUCGACUGACACCUUCCGACUAUCACUACUCAUGGCAUCACGCUCCUCGGCGUCAGUUUAUAGUGAAUCUAGACGCUGAUGUGGAAGUGGAGGUCAGUUCUGGAGAGAAGAGGGUCAUUAAACAAGGAGAGGUGUUCUUUGUAGAAGAUGUCACAGGUAAAGGACAUUAUUCAAAAUCAGUUGCACAACAGGCAAGACACUCCUUGUUUAUCCCUGUGAGUGAUGAUUUUAAGGCGGAAGAUAUUGACUGAAAUGUUUGCACCCCAGAAUUACACAUGCACAUGCAAGAUCUACCUUUUUU